ACAAACAUCACAACUCAACAUGCAGGACGUUAUGAACUAGAGAUAAUGGGAACAAAAUGGUCAUUAAAAACAUUCAGCGUUUCUGUCUAUGCUCGUCUGCCUGUUCCUAACAUUACCAGGGACUGUUCAUCAUCAUCAUCACAGCAGAAUUGUUCACUGCUGUGUUCAGUGCUGAAUGUGGAACAUCAGGAUAAAAACACCUACAGCUGUGUGUUAAACAACAACAUCAGCAACCUGACCACACAUCUGGACAUCAGUCAACCCUGUCACACAUGUUCAGACACACACUCAAACUUCCCUCGGGGAAUCCCGCUGCCAUUUUGA